UAAACAUGAAUCGCCUUGGACCUUCUUUCUUCUUCUUCUUUUCUCUCUCUAUCUCGCCAUGCUUAAUUCGAAGCUAUUCCUGAGUGUAUCGACGGGUAUUCUGCUCAUAUCUCUGUUGCUAUCUCUCGGAAUAUUCCUUUCCAAUAAUCACUCCAUUUAUAAAGAUGUCGAAGUUAUUCCGAUAGACGGUGGUGCAAUUGGACCGGAGAGCUUUGAUUUUAAUCCUGUUGACGGAACAGGUCCCUACACCGGCGUUUCUGAUGGCCGGAUCAUCAGAUGGAUCGCGACUGAAGGGCGGUGGACUGAUUUUGCGAUCACGUCGCCGAACAGGAAAGGGUGUGGUGGGCCAGAAAUGGAGCAUAUAUGUGGACGACCAUUGGGCUUAAAGUUUGACAAUAGCAGGGGAAAAUUGUUGAUUGCUGAUGCUUAUUUUGGGCUACUUUCAGUGGGCCCAAAUGGUGGUUUAGCCACGUCACUGGUAUCAAAAGACCAAGGUCUUCCAUUAAUGUUCUCAAAUUCGCUAGACAUUGACCAAACCGAUGGAGUUGUCUACUUUACUGACAGCAGUCAACGAUACACCCGUAGGGAUCACAUGCUUGUCGUACUCACUGAUGAAAAAAGUGGAAGAUUACUAAAAUAUGACCUUGAAAACAGAAAGGUCAGAGUUAUACUCUAUAACCUCACCUUUCCAAAUGGAGUGACAUUAAGUCAAGAUGGGUAUCCUGACAAUAUUAAGAGAAAUCAAAAAGGAGAAUUUUGGGUGGCAAUGUUUUCAAAAGAAAGUAAAAUUUUGAGAUGGGUUCACUCAAAACCUUGGAUUGUAUAUGUUUUGAAUAAGAUUAUUCCCAUUAACUUUGUUAGAGUGAGUUCACACAUUGCUAAAGGAAAAGGUGAAGGGUUGGCAAUAAAGUUAGGGGUUAAUGGUGAGAUAUUAGAAAUCUUGGAGGAUGUGCAUGGUAAAAAAUGGAAAUAUGCUAGUGAAGUAAUGGAGAGAGAUGGCAAUUUGUGGAUUGGAUCCGUGGAAAACAAUGCUGCUAUUAAACUAAAAACGCAAUAG